UCCCUCGCCCGCACGCAUUUCCUCUGACUUAGGGCCUUCUUCUCACUUCGCUUCGCGUACCUAGGCGGAAGAGCUGGCUUGCGGACCGCUCUAGGUUUCCUGGAGGAUCACUCCUCUAUUGCCCCAGCAACGGCCUUACGCUUCUCCUGCGCCUCGCGGUGACGUGAUCAUUUAGCGUGUCCCGGGCUCUGAGCGUAGCUGGUAACUGUUCUCAGCAUGGGGCUUUCGGAGGUGCUCGGGCCGGUGUCCAGGUUCAAUUCAUUCAAGAGGACACAGAUUAUACUACAACAUUUAUCUUGUCCAUUCUAGAAAAAAAAAAGUUUUUCUAGGGAAUGGCUAAGCACACAGAUUCAGAACCAGAGGUGUUCUUGGAAAGAAAAGGCUGUGCAGGAGUGAUAACAUUAAACAGACCAAAGGCUCUGAACUCACUGAAUCUCUCCAUGAUACGACAGAUUUAUCCACAGUUAAAGAAAUGGGAACAAGAACCAGAAACUUCUUUGAUAAUUAUAAAAGGAACCGGAGGAAAGGCUUUCUGUGCUGGAGGUGAUGUCAAAGAUCUGACAGCCAUAUUUGAGGCAGGGAAGACAAAACAGAAAAUGGCUCAGGAGUUCUUCAAAGAAGAAUAUACUCUGAACAGUACCAUUGGUACUUGUCAGAAGCCUUAUGUUUCACUUAUUGAUGGAAUUACAAUGGGUGGAGGUGCUGGUAUCUCGGUUCAUGGGCAUUUCCGAGUGGCUACAGAGAAAACACUUUUUGCUAUGCCAGAAACAGCACUAGGACUUUUCCCUGAUGUGGGUGGAGGUUAUUUUCUACCACGGCUUCCAGGAAAACUUGGUUACUUCCUCGCACUCACAGGAUUCAGAGUGAAAGGUAGAGACGUCCAUAAAGGAGGAAUUGCUACGCACUUUGUAGACUCUGACAAGUUGACUAUGCUGGAGAAAGAUUUGUUGGCCCUGAAAUCUCCUUCAAAAGAAAAUGUGGCAGAAGUCUUGGAUACUUACCAGAAGAAGUGUAAAGUUGAUCAAGACAAACCUUUCAUACUUGAGGAGCAUAUGGACAGUAUUAACAGCUGUUUUUCGGGAAGUACUAUGGAACAAAUAAUUCAGAAUUUACAAGAAGAUGGUUCACCUUUUGCACUUGAGCAGUUGAAGGUAAUUAAAAAAAUGUCUCCAGCCUCCUUAAAGAUCACGUUAAGACAGAUGAUGGAGGGGUCUUCAAAGAGCCUACAAGAAGUGUUAAUUAUGGAAUAUAGACUGACUCAAGCAUGCUUGAGAGGCCAUGACUUUUAUGAAGGUGUUCGAGCAAUUUUGAUUGACAAAGACCAGAACCCUAAGUGGAAGCCAGCCACAUUAGAAGAAGUAACUGAUGAAUUUCUGAAUGACUGCUUUAAGUCACUGGGAAGCGAUGAUCUCAAAUUUUAACUGCAAUGACUCACCUUUCUCAGAGCUAAUUAUGAGCGGACAAGUAAGAAAAAUGGAAAGUUGACACUCUUUGGAUUGGAAAAUCAUCUCAGUUUGACAUGGCAGGUCUAUUUUUUUGAUUGUGUGAUAAUCUAUUCAUUGAUUAUCUUGUAUAGUAUUUUAUGCGGACAAUAUUGAAUAAAGAUUCUUGAAAAG